AACCCCGUUGUGACGUCACACACGAAUAUGACGAGGGUGCUCAGCGACAUCGAACGUGAACCAUUGUUGGUUGGACGCGGACGCGAUGAAAGAAACAAAGGAAUCUACGGCAACGGGUUGAUUUUAAAGAAAAAAACAAAAAAUAUGAAAAGUGAGGAUCGCGUCAAAGUUGCUGUGAGGGUGCGACCAUUUAAUGAACGAGAGAAAUCAAGAAGUUCUCGGCUUAUAAUAAACAUGAAUGGGGGAACCACCAUCAUAUCCGACCCCGAUGAUAAAUACCCCGACAAAAAGUUUACAUUUGAUUUCUCAUACUGGUCACAUGAUGGCUACAGAGAGCGCGACGAUGGUUACCUUGAACCUGCUGAUCAACGUUAUGCAGACCAGACGAAAGUAUUUGAUGAUUUAGGACGAGGAGUUUUAGAGAACGCAUGGAAAGGUUUCAAUUGUUCGUUGUUUGCGUACGGACAAACAGGUUCGGGAAAGUCUUAUUCUAUGGUUGGCUUCGAUUCCAAUAAAGGCAUCAUUCCAAUUACUUGCGAGGAACUUUUUAAAGGAAUCGCGGAACGAAAACAAACGGAUGAAGAUGAGAAAGAAGCUGAGUAUCAGGUUUCGGUUUCAAUGCUUGAGAUAUACAACGAGACUGUGAAGGACCUUCUUAACAUUUCCUCGUUUAAAAAAGGUGGACUUAAAGUUAGAGAACACCCACAGAAAGGAUUUUAUGUUGAGCAACUUCAAGUGUCCCCCGUUAGCGACUAUGCUGCCAUCGAGGGGCGGAUAGCUGAGGGAACACGGAAUCGAACUCUUGCUGCUACGAACAUGAACGCAACAAGUUCACGAGCUCAUACAAUUGUUGCGAUCAACUUUGCACAGAAAGCUAUGAAUGAUGCCGGGAAGAGUAUGACAAAAACGUCCAUUAUUAAUUUGGUCGACCUGGCUGGAAGUGAGCGAGCGGACAGCACGGGAGCGACGGGCGAGCGAUUGAAAGAAGGUUCGAUGAUCAACAAAAGUUUGCUGUGUCUUGGGAAUUGUAUUAAAGCAUUGGCUGAUAUACAGGAUGGAAAAAACAUAACGGUGCCGUUCCGAGAUUCGAUAUUAACAAGGUUGUUGAAAAAUGCUCUGGGUGGAAACAGCAAGACUAUAAUGAUAGCUGCAUUGAGUCCGGCCGAUAUCAACUACGAGGAAACGUUAUCCACGUUACGGUUCGCUGACCGCGCAAAGUCAAUCAAAACGAAGGCGGUCGUCAAUGAAAGUCCGACGGAUAAAUUGAUUCGUGAGAUGAAGGGAGAGAUCAAGCGACUGCAAGAUUUGUUGAAAAACCAAGAUGGCGGCCAAGUAAUCAUUCAGGGGGUUUCCCCAGAAGAAGUUGAAGAAAUGCGAAGAUUACAACAAGAGGAGCUACUAAGAAGCCAGGAGGAAAUGGAGCAAAUGAAAUUGUCAUGGCAACAACGACUUGAGGAACAAAGUUUGCAAAACCAACAAUUGUUGAGCGAGGAAAGGUCAAAGCAGGAAGCCCGUAAGACGACGCCCCAUCUUUGGAACUUGAACGAGGAUCCAACUUUAACAGGGAUGAUUGUCCAUCUUACCCCGCCGGGUUCGUCAACGAUCGGCAACGCUGAACCUGCGUCUAUUGUGUUGAAGGGUGUUAG